GCGUCGCGUAGCUGUGACGUCACUCCGACACCAUAUGUUAGCUCACAGCUAACAGCUACACACAGUUUGAACGACAGCUAGUUAGCUUAGCAGUCAGAGGAAUUAACCCAGAUAGAAACGUUUAGUUUAAAGUAGAAGCUAAACAUUUUGAAUGCAUACAUGUUUUUUUAUUAUAAUGCUAAUCUGAUAGCCACAUAGCUGCUACUACUUCCUUAGCUAGCCAUGCUAAUGUUGUCUUAUUAGCCUGCUUGAUAGGAUGCCUGCUGAUGUUUUGCAUGCUAAGCUAGCGUGCUAACACUAGCUGGCUGUCAGGUGCAGCAGCUUGUUUUAUGCAUGUGUGUGAACACCUGUCAUAAGGAGUCAUAGUCCACAGAAACUCCCUGCACAGUCUGCACUGAUGUCUGGCAGGUCUGCAGGGGUGGAGUGGGUUGAGACCAUGGAGGAGGUUGUUAUUACAGAGGAGUGUCUGACCCCAGAAAACAACACCCCUGCAGUGAUCCCAGUUUUGGAGCCAGCAGAAACACCGAUCCAGAAGUUACUGGACACUGUGGGACAUGGAGACAACCCAGAGGCUGAGGAUGGCUUUUAUUGUGAGGAGUGUCUGACUCUCUUCCAGGACCAGAGUGACCCGGCUACCAUCAACGGCCCGUCUUUCAUUCUUGACUUCCCCGUGAGCACCGGUCUCCCCCAGCGGGCCCUCCUCACUCUUCCCUACGGCCUGAUGAUAGGCAGAUCCAGCAUUCCCAAUGCGGGCGUUGGGGUCAUAAAUCACGGGCCGGAGGUGUCUCCGGGAAUGCAUUUUGGACCGUACGAGGGGGAAGUGACCACGAGAGAAAACGCCAUGGCGAGCGACUUCUCCUGGGAGAUUUACAAAGAGAAAGAUGAAUAUGAAUACAUUGAUGCAGCCAGAGAAUCGCACUCAAACUGGAUGAGGUACGUCAAUUGUGCUCGCAACAAAGACGAGUCCAAUUUGCUGGCGGUCCAGUACAAAGGCAGCAUCCUUUUCCAUUGCUGUCGCUCCAUACACCCUGGAGACGAGCUCAUGGUGUGGCCCAGCGCCAAAUUUCUCGCCCAGUUUAGUGAAGCCUGGAGUCAGGUUUGGGUUAUGAAGUUGAAUGCAACAGAGAGUAACACAACUGCGACGUCUCAGAUCUUCCUGUGCUCUCACUGCCAGCUGUCCUUCACGACGGAGUCCUUCCUCCAGCGGCAUACAGAACACUUCCACAUGCAGCCUGAAGGUGUCUGCACAACAAUGGCUGCUGCUGAGCCAGUUGAAGCUGAAAAUCCCUCUUCCGAUGCUGACUCGGCUCUCCCUGCAGCCUCUCUGCUGGUGUUUUCUGUCGACCCUGCAGAGUCCAAGACGUGUGGCGAUUGCGGGAAGACGUUCAAGCAUGUACCUCACCUCCGAAGGCACAAGCUCUGCGUCCACUCAAACAAACGUCCCUACUGCUGCCCGCAGUGCAGGCGCACUUUCAGCCAGGCGUCCGGCUUAAUCAGACACCAGCUAGUUCACAGAAAGCAUGCUGUGAUAAAAGACACAGACAUUGUUCCUAAUCAGAACCAAAUUAGUGAGACGAAAGAAAGCUUGACUCUGAGAUCAGAACUCUUUAACGCUGCAGAUCCAGCUGUAACUGAGGAAACAAAGGUCGCGGAUGAAAGCGAGAAUACACAAGAAGCUAUGGAUGUAACCGAAACGGAGAAUAUUCCUGCAGGAGAGGCAGAAACAUCCCAAUUCAGUUGUUCAGACUGUGGCAGCAGCUUCACAAACGAAGCGACCCUGAGAAAGCACAAGGCGUCCGUCCACGAGAGGUUACGUCCGUACGUCUGCACCGUGUGCCAGAAGUGCUUCGGCCAGUACAACGACCUGACCAGACACCUGCAGCAUCACCAAAAGCAAAGCAAGAGGGGAAAGAAAGUGGAUGAGGCUCCGGAGGAAUCCACCACCAUGCCCUUCAGCUGUGCCGAGUGUUCGCUGAGUUUUCCCUCAGUGGACGACCUUCAGCAGCACAUAACGGAGCAUCACUCAGAGGAGACCACAGGGGAAAAUCAAGAGGAAGAUCAGAGCCACGAUCCGGACUUCAGCCCACAAACGUCAGUGGCUGAAUCGGUUGAGUCCGUCCAGAAACGUCAGAGGCCUCAGCGGCGUGGAGCUGGAUCUAAAAUUUCCGCCAUAACCAAGCUCAUAGCCCCAAAACGCAGGGCGGCGGUCUGCAAGAAGCCGCCGACCGACCUCGAUAAGAGCUCCGCUGAGGCAGACGCACCCGCUGUCACAAACGGAAAGUUAACCAAAUACAAAUGGUUCAGCUGUAACCGCUGCAAGCGAACAUACGGAAGCCCAGAGGAUCUGAAAGCACACAAGUGCGCCUUGAAACAGCUGAAGUGUGGUCAGUGCGGGGCGACCUUCAACAAAUCCGGCUUCCUGAAAAGACACGAGCAGAUGGUGCACGACAACGCAAAGUCGUACACCUGCGAGCGCUGUGGGAAAGUCUUCACCACAUCCGGCAACCUUAAACAGCAUCAGAAGAGCAACACCUGCAUGAAGUAUCACUGCACCUCCGAGGUCUUCCCCUGCUCGUUCUGUCAGUUCUCCUUCACCGUGAAGAGCUACCUCAUCAAACACGUCAAGAGGCACCACCCGGUGGAGUACGUGUCACACGGCGACCCCGACAGCCUGGUGGAUCAGCUGGAGGAGGAAGAGGAGGAGGAAGAAGAAGAAGAGGGGGGGGACAAAACCUACGUGUGCCCCCACUGUGGGAAGAGCUGUGCGAGCGGCAAAGCGUUCAAAUCGCACGCGUGCUUCCAGCAGGUGAAGGUGCUGUACCUGUGCACCGACUGCGGGAAGGGCUUCACCAACCACUACGGCCUCAAGCAGCAUCAGCGCAUCCACACGGGCGAGAAGCCGUACGUCUGCCCCCACUGCGGCAAGAGCUUCUCGUACACGGGCCAGCUCAACGUGCACCUCAGGACGCACACGGGGGAGAAGCCGUACCUGUGCACGCACUGCGGCGAGAGCUUCCGGCAGUCCGGAGACCUGAAGCGCCACGAGAGGAAGCACACGGGCGUCAGGCCCUACAGCUGCCCCGAGUGCUGCAAGAGCUUCAGCCGCCCGCAGAGUCUCAAAGCUCACCAGAUGCUUCACCUGGGACAGAGGAAUUUCAAAUGCACCCAGUGCGGGAAGAGCUUUUCCAGGAACUAUCACCUCAGGAGGCAUCAUCAGAAGAUGCACUUGUAGUCACAUUUGUAGGACUUAGGAGAUACAGUUUGCACUAAAAGGUCGAGUACUUCAAAAGUUAUGCUAUUCAAGAGUGGCGUAACGUUAUUUUAACUUCAAUUUGUUUCAAGCUAAAGCAUUUCAUAACCAAAAGAUUGGAGAUUUAUGUUAAGAAUUAUACAUUUUUGUUAUUUGCAAGCUUACAAAAUUAUAUAAACACUUAAUUCACUGCGAUUAACAAAAAAAAAAGUAAAGGAGCUCGCCACAGUUAAACAAAUACUUAUUGUCUCAAUGUUACCUUGCUUUGAAAUAAAAACACCAACU